AUGUCAGGCAUCAAGCUUGAUCUCAACACAGACGGCAUCGAUGUCGUCCGCCAUCUUCAAGACCAAGCUUCGGGACGCACAUUCCUCAUCACCGGCCCAAGUGAGGGAGGUAUCGGCGCGGAAACAGCCAUCUCGCUUGCCCACGGCAACCCAGCCCUGCUCAUCCUCGUGGGCCGCACCCUCAGCAAGAUCCAGCCUACCAUCGACGCGGUUCACGCCGUCAACCCAUCCAUCGCCGUCAAGUUCAUCGCUGCGGAUCUCACCUCGCUGAACAGCGUUCGUGAAGCCGCCCAACUCACCGUCGACGGUUUCGAGCUGCAAUUCGCCACCGCCCACCUCGGCUACUUCGUCUUGACGAACCACAUCCUGCCCAAGCUCAGAGCAUCCGCCGAAGCGGGCAAGAAGCCCCAGAAGACCCAAAUCAUCAACGUCUCCUCCAAGGGCAGCAUCCUCGGCGGCGGCAUCCGCUGGGACGACCCCAGCUUCACCAAGCGUCCGGAAGAGUACAAAUCCUGGGACGCCUACGGCCAGGCCAAGAUGGCCAACGUGCUCUUCACUCUUGCGCUCAACAAGCGGCUGCUGGCCAAGACGGGCAUCCGGCCGUAUGCCCUGCAUCCGGGUGGCAUCUAUACCAACUUGGGUCGGUAUGUGGACGAGGAGUUGAUGGAGGAGGUCAAGCAGAGGGCGUGGAAGGGGCAGGAGAUUCCGUUCAAGACGUUGCAGCAGGGUUGCGCGACUAUGCUGAGGGCUGCGCUGGAUCCGGAACUGGAGAAGGAAGAGGAUGGUGUGUUUCUGAGUGAUUGCCAGUUCACAAAGGACCCGGAGCUUGUGGCGCCGUGGGCGCUUGAUGAGGGGAAUGCGGAAAGGCUUUGGGGGUUGAGUGAGGAGUUGGUUGGGGAGAAUUUUGAGUUUUGA